AUGCUUCGUGAAUCAAAUCUACGAUUUACGAUCAUCAAGAGAAAUGUCUCAAUUGGUAGGAAAUAUCGCAGUGCUGAUGAAAUUGGAAUCCCAUUCUUCAUCACUGUUGAUAAAACAAGCACCAAGGACGGCUGUGUGACACUACGACAUCGAAAUAGCGCUGAUCAAAUCAGAAUCAAAGUGGCAGCAAUCAGACAAAUAGUAGAAGAACUUGUUAGUGGUGAAAUCGGCUGGAACCGAAUGCGUCAAAUAUAA